AUGGACACCGACAGCCUUCCAGAUAUCGUCGUAAGCUUCACCGACAACUAUGAAAAAAUUUUGAAUCCUCAUCAGCGUCAAAUUCUUGAAGACACAAAGAGAGUUCGUGAUCAGCUUGAUCAGCUGGAAAGACAACGUGGAUUUGGAACUCCAAAUUUAUAUGUUAGAAAAGCUGAAGAAACAUUCGAUCCUGAUGAAAUGGACGAGCGUGACAGUUUUUACAAAACUACUAAAAGUCUCCUCGUUUUAUUUCAAUUGAUGGGUGUCAUGCCAAUCAUGAGGAGCAUUAAAGGCAGCGGUCAAGAACGAACGACAUUUUCAUGGACAUCAAAAGCUUUCAUUUGGGCUUAUUUGGUCUAUUUUUUUGAGACCAUAAUCGUUUGCUUAGUGGCAAGAGCAAGAUUUAUAAUGUUCAUAUCCAGUUCUGAUAAAAAAUUUGACGAAGUCAUCUACAACAUUAUUUUUUUGAGUAUUUUAUUGCCGCAUUUUUUACUUCCGUUUGCAUCAUGGCGAAAUGGAUUGGAAGUGGCAAAGUUUAAAAACAUGUGGACAAAUUUUCAGGUUCGAUACUUAAAAGUCACUGGAGAAGCUAUUGAAUUUCCAAAAUUAGAACCAAUAACUUGGACAUUAUGCGUUUUUUCUUGGGGAUGUUCGAUGUUCAUUGUCUUGUCUCAAUUUUAUCUUCAACCAGAAUUUCCAUUUUUCCACACUUUUGCUUAUUAUCACAUCCUUGCUAUGCUUAAUGGAUUUUGUAGCUUAUGGUUCAUAAAUUGUACAGCUUUUGGUUUAGCAUCGCGAGCCCUUCAAGGUCAUGUCAGUAAAAUUAUCAGAAGUGAAAAACCGUCGAAAAAAAUGGCAGAAUAUCGAAACUUGUGGGUUGAUUUAAGUCACAUGAUGCAGCAAUUAGGAAAAGCUUACUCAAAUAUGUACGGAAUUUAUUGUUUGGUCAUUUUCUUCACAACAAUUAUCGCAAGCUAUGGCUCGUUAAGUGAAAUUAUUGAUCAUGGUGUGACCUUCAAGGAGCUUGGAUUAUUCAUUAUUGUCGUUUAUUUUAUGACAUUGCUGUUCAUAAUUUGUAAUGAAGCACAUCAUGCAUCACGACGAGUUGGACUUGGAUUCCAGGAAGUUUUAUUAAAUGUCAAUUUAACGACAGUCGAUAUAUCUACGCAGAGAGAGAUUGAGAUGUUUUUGGUUGCAAUUGACAAAAAUCCACCGACUAUGAAUUUAGAUGGGUAUGCAAAUAUAAAUCGUGAAUUAAUCACUUCAAAUUUAAGCUUCAUGGCAACUUAUUUAGUUGUUCUGAUGCAGUUUAAGUUGACACUUUUAAGGCAAAGCUCGAGGAAAUUACCUGUUGAUUAUUUGCCAGAAGAAAAUAUGUAG